AUAUAAAUCUAUUGUCAAAGUCAAAGUGAAAAUUACAGUUCUCUUCUAUAUAGUUAUUUUCUGAAACCUAACUUUGCCUUGUAUCAAGUUUCCAGAUUGCGACAAUUACAAAAUUAUAAUUUGUCGUGAUUACAUUAUUCCACUAUGCUGCGCGGUCGAUCAGUUGUCAACGCUAUUCGUAAAUUACAAGCUAUUACACUUUCUAGCGAUACCACACAACAUGUAGACACGACUUACAUGGAAAUUCCAGUUUAUGAUGUAGACAAACCACAAACAUUAGAAAAGAGGAAGGCCAGACUUCAUUACCAGUCACGCAAGAGAGGAAUGUUGGAGAAUGAUCUUCUUCUAAGUACUUUUGCUAAAAAACAUUUGGAUGGUUUUAAUGAGAACCAAACAAUGAUGUAUGAUCGUCUCAUCAAUUCUCCCAGCAAUGAUUGGGACAUAUUUUACUGGAUUAUUGAAAAGAAACCAACACCAAAAGAGUUUGACAAUGAAGUCAUGGAUCUUCUAAAGAAACAUGCAAAGAAUGAAAACAGAAAUGCUCUAUCACAACCACCUCUAUACUAAUUAUAUUUAAUUUGUAAUUACUUGAAUAGUAUGUAGAAUCAGAUUAUGUUUAGAAAUCAAUUAAUUAUAGACUUAGUAAAUGUUAAAUUAUAAAUUGAUUACUUUAAUAAUGUUUAUAAAGUAUUAUUAUUAAAUAGAAUAUAUUAGUAGUAGAUUUUCUUCAAAAUGUGAAGCAAAUUAUAGUAAUAUUUAGGUUGCACACAAAUAUCAAUUAUUUAUUAUCAUAAAAGAAAAUUAUCUUCAACUACUUCAAUAACUUGUGACAGUAUUGUUCUUUGUUUCAAUAUUUCCAUGGGAAGUUAUAUACUCUUGGGCUUCAGGGCAAUUUAAAUUUCUUAGAUAUAUUUUAUGUCAAUUUUAAGAAUGGAAAAUAAUAAUAGAUAACAAUCAUAGUUAAAAAUGUUA